UGAGAUUAGUCUGAGGAGAGAAACUGAAAUCAAUUAAAAUCCCACCCACACCGCCGCUUACACAGAAGGAAACAGUGCAGAGUGAUCUUCCUUUCUCCACCAAGCCUCCAGCUUUUACUCUCAACCUGCCGGACGACGACGGCGAGGGCUCACGACGACGACAGUCUGUGACUCGAAGGCGAGCGGUUCAAAAGAAGGAACGAACCAGUGUAGGGUGGCAGAAGAACAAGAGUGGAACCCUAAUCCCCUAAUCAGUUUUCUUUAAUGGCGGAGGAAAAUUCUCAAUUGAACAACUUGCAAGAAGAAAAUGGAGCCUCAGACCUUCAAAGUAUCGUAGAAGGGGUUGGUGACCUUUCUACAUUGUCUGUAAAAGAAGGAGAUGACAGUAAAGAAGUUCAAAAGAAGAAAAAGAAGAAAGCUAGAAGCAAGAAAAAGAAAGAAAUCUUAGAACAAACUGAUCCACCAUCAAUUUCUGUUAUUGACCUAUUUCCAUCUGGAGAUUUCCCUGAAGGUGAAAUUCAGCAAUACAAAGAUGAUAACCUAUGGAGAACUACAUCAGAGGAGAAGAGAGAACUGGAGCGCCUGCAGAAACCAAUAUAUAAUUCAGUUCGUCGAGCAGCAGAAGUUCAUCGUCAGGUUCGCAAAUAUAUGAAAGGCAUUAUAAAGCCUGGAAUGUUAAUGACCGACUUAUGUGAAACAUUGGAGAACACUGUUCGUAAGCUAAUAUCAGAGGAUGGCCUUCAAGCUGGCAUUGCAUUCCCCACAGGAUGCUCUUUAAACUGGGUUGCUGCUCACUGGACCCCAAAUUCAGGGGACAAGACUAUACUUCAAUAUGAUGAUGUGAUGAAACUGGAUUUUGGCACCCAUGUUGAUGGAUAUAUAGUUGAUUGCGCUUUUACUGUGGCAUUCAACCCUAUGUUUGAUCCAUUGCUGGAAGCCUCUCGGGAAGCAACUAAUACGGGUAUUAAGGAAGCUGGAAUCGAUGUCCGCCUUUGUGACAUUGGUGCUGCUAUUCAAGAGGUGAUGGAAUCUUAUGAGGUUGAGAUUAACGGAAAGGUGUAUCCAGUGAAGAGUAUACGGAAUUUGAAUGGACAUAGCAUUGGUCCCUACCAAAUCCAUGCUGGAAAAUCUGUUCCCAUUGUGAAAGGCGGGGAGCAGACAAAGAUGGAAGAGGGUGAAUUUUUUGCUAUUGAAACCUUCGCAUCAACGGGAAAAGGAUAUGUACGAGAAGACCUGGAAUGCAGCCACUACAUGAAAAAUUUUGAUGUUGGUCAUAUCCCACUGAGAUUGCCUAGAGCAAAACAACUGUUAGCAACUAUUAACAAGAACUUCUCUACUUUGGCCUUUUGUAGACGGUAUUUAGAUCGCCUUGGGGAGACUAAAUACUUAAUGGCAUUGAAGAAUUUGUGUGACUCUGGCAUUGUUCAGCCGUAUCCUCCUCUGUGUGAUGUGAAAGGAAGUUAUGUAUCACAAUUCGAACAUACAAUCUUACUCCGACCUACAUGCAAAGAAGUUAUAUCAAGGGGUGAUGACUAUUAAUGUGAAGUUGAAGUUUUUUUAAUGUGAUAUUGUACCAUUAUAUUUCUGAACUGUUUUCGCUAUACCAUCUACACAUCGGUUUUAAAACUAUGUGUCUACUGAGGACGCCGUUAUUUAUUUAAUAAUUGGAUUCUUCUUCAAUAGUUAAUAUCAUAUUAGAAGUUCCACCUAAAA